AGUCUUUGACAAGCGUUGACCCGAAAACCCUCGAAGCACCGUCUCUCUCUCUCUCUCUCUCUCUCUCUCUCUCUCCUUCUUCCCCGACACUGUACCGCAAUCGUCCCUCUCAACAUCUCGAAGGGUUUAACGAGGGUUUAGGGUUCAAGAAGCCCAACACUCGAACCCCUUUUGCCCUUCUUAGCAGACCCGCUUGCGAUUUUCCUCACCAGCGAGCGCUUUGAGCUGAAUCAAAUUCAAAUAUUGAAUUGGAGAUCCCAGAAGAGCUUCCGUCCCUGCUUCAUCUGUUCCCUGGAGUGGCACUGUGAUGCAAUUUGGAGACAGUAGAAAGCUAUGCAGCAAAAAACUGAGCGGUGGUCAUAGAUCUGAGAUUGGGAAGUAGGUGAUUCCAGUUAUCGGUAAUCUCUUGAGCUUGGGGUGAAGUGAUGUGAGGAGCUGAAUAUGAGCGAUGGAGGCAGGGAGAGAAGGAAAUUCCAUGAGAGUUCUGACCCGCAAAAAAAACCCGGAACUGAUUCGUUCGCACGAGCUAUUGUAAGAGUUGGAGUUGGUCAGAUAUGUGAAAAUGAAGGGUUUCAGGCAUUCCAACAAUUUGCUCUGGAUGCUUUAUCGGACAUUGCAAUUAGAUACAUGCUUGAUAUAGGAAAGACGGCUGUUUCUGCUGCAAAUUUUGCCGGUAGGACUGAGCCCAAUGCUUUCGACAUCAUUCAUGGGAUCGAACAUUUAUGUUCAAUCGUGGGCUUCUCUGGUGCUUCUGAUGUUGAUCGGUGUCUCUUGAGUUCAGGUACGGCGAGGGAGAUAUUGAAUUACGUGGAGGAAUCCAAGGAGAUCCCCUUUGCGUAUCGUCUCCCUUCGCUCCCGGUUUUGAAAGAUUGGAGGCAGAGUCCAAGCUUCCUGCAGAGCAGAGAGGAACCUCCUCAGAAGCAUAUUCCUUCUUGGUUGCCUAAAUUUCCCAUUUGCCAAACUGGUGAGGAGAAAGAACCUGCGAAAGCGGAGAAUUCUUUGUCUAAUUUGCACCAUGGUAUCACUUGCAAUGGAUCAGGACCAUCCACGGAGACGAAGGAAGAGAAGAAUCCUGGGAUCAAUCCGUUUCUGGCAGAACCUAUUUGUUCUGGGGUGAAAGAAGUGUCUCCGGUGGUUCCGCCUUCCAAGGUCGACGCGCAGUUCGCCAAUGAGGUUGUGGGGAAUCACAUAGAGUGCGAGCAAACAUCUGGUGACAAGUCGAAUGAACCCAAUCUAGGAAUGAAGAAGGUUCUUUCAAAACAGAGACCGGCUGUGCAAUUCAAGAUUAAGAGAAGUAGGAAGCUUCUUGGGUUGGCCCCUGACUCGAGCUUUCGGGAUGAAGGUGUUCAUGAGAGAGACCGGUCUUCGGUGUAUGACAAUGGUAUCAAGAAUGAGAGUAAAAGCGCAGGGAAGGCUCCAAAGGAAUCAUCAAUGGAGAGCCCAAAGGAACGCGUCCUGUUGUAGUAGUUUGUAAAAGUACUUUUUCUUCCGCUAAUCUUUUGUACAUCAGAGAACUAGCAGCAGCAGCAGAGAAGAGGUUGGUCCAUCCUGCAAUUUGCUUUUACAUGAUGGAGAAUAUACGAUUGUAGCUUAGUGCGGGGAGAAAGAUAGUUCAUAUCGAUGUAUCAAACUGUAUAUGAGGUGUGUUGAAGUGAUAAACCUUGUUAGUUGACGAGCACGAUUCAUUUCGAAUGAGAGUUUUUCUUUUUUCUGCUCUUUCUA